AUGGCCGCCAAGGCCUCCUACGAGCUCGUCCUCUCCUUCGGCGUCGGCGUCGCCGCCGCCGUCGGGUCGAGCUACUACGUCUGCGAGGAGCUCAAGGCCUUCAAGACGUCGAGCGUCGCGCAGCUCGGCGGCGGCGCGAAGCUCAAGCCCCUGCCCCACGACGUGCUCUACGCCGCGGCGCCGCCGCGCGAGGCGAGCGCGCCCUACGCCUACGUGCGCGACGCGUGGAACGGCCGCCUCGACGCGCUCCGCAAGGCCAUCUCGGACGUACACGUCAUCGCCAAGUCGCUGGACCAGGUCGAGGACCCGUCGGUCUACCUCGACUCGCGCUUCCGCCUGAAGCCCGGCUGCGUCGACGCCUACGUCGAGCGCGGCGGCGACGGUCGCUUCCUCGACCCCGACUACGAGCUGCGCACGCGGGAGGCGCUGCGCUUCGGCGCGGCGCCGCGGCUCGCCGUCUAUAAGGAGGCCAAGGUGCCGACGAUCAACGGCACGGCCUUCGUGUACGUCGUCAACCGCAAGGCCGCGAGCCGCACGCUGCAGGACGUCGCGUCGGCUUUGCACGCCGCCGGCGACCGCGGCGCGCCGAAGAAGCGGGUCGUCGUCUUCACCUUCGUGCGCGACCCCCUGCGGCGCCUCGAGAGCGGCUACAAGGAGAUCGUCUUCCGCCACGUCGACGGCCGUUGGUGCGCGCCGCCGAACACGCACCGCUGGGAUUCCGUCUGCACGCACGCGUACGCGAAACUCCUCCGCGGCUCCCGGGAGCGCUUCGAGGGGUUUCUGAACGCGACGCUGCUCGGGCCCAUCGCCAACCUCAGCGACGACGCCAUGUCCUACCACGUGCUGAGCCAGAGCCGCCAGUUCGCGCACAUCCGCAACGUCGCCUUCGUCGGCAAGAUCGAGCGGCUCCGCGCGGACGUGCUGCGCCUGCUGCGCCUCGCCGUCGACGACCCGGAGGCGUUUCUGGCGGCGCACCCGGCCCUCGAGAAGCUCGUCGAGGAGGACGAGACGAACUGGUCCGCGGGCGGGAACCACCCGAUGCGCGCGAUCCACGCGCGCCUCGAGAAGCGCGUCGGCGCGCGGCGCCUCGCCGAAAUUCCCGCGCCGCCCCGGGGCCGCGCGCGCGUGAAGCACCAGCUCGACUUCCUCCGCGACGGCGCUGCGCUCGACGCGCUCCGGCGGUCGGGCGGGUCCGCGCGCGGCCGCAACCGCACGAGCGUGUCCUGCCACGGCCCGGCCUGCGCCGGGCGGCGGCCGCCGCGCGGCGCCCUCGCGCCGCCGGCGAAGUACUCCGACUGGACCAUGCCGAGCGCGCGGAACCACACCGCGUUCCUGUCAGCGCUCUCGCCGUUCGCGCGGGACCUCGUCGUCGACUACUACCGCCAGGACGCGGCCUGCUUCGGCUACGACUGGCCGGGCGCGCCCGUCGCCGACGAGGCGCCCUCGCCGGCGCCCUCGCCCGCGCCCUCGCCGCGGCCGACGCCCGCGCCCUCGCCCGCGCCCUCGCCGGAGCCGCCGCCCGCCGCGCCGAGGCACGGCCUCUUCGCGCGGCUCGGCACCAUGUGCGAGACGGGGCUCGACCUGACGAAGAUGGACGGCAUCAAGGCGUCCGGCGCCAACCGGGGCACGCACCACGGCGACUACAGCGACGUGCCGCAGCAGCUCCUCGAGGGGGGCGCGCAGACGCUCGCGAAGCCGCUCCACCCCUACAUGGACCCGAAGCGGCAGGUCACGAAGGCCCUGCCCGGCAUGCACCUCGUCCACAAGCGCAUCCUGCUCAGCGACGAGGGUCGAAAGCUCACGGAGUGCGAGGCCCACAUGCGCCGCGCGAACCAGCGCGGCUUCAAGGACGAAUUCUUACCCCGCAUCAAGUGGGAGGGCGCCAAGGAGGGCUACUACUUCACGACGGGCUUUCGCGGCACGGGCUACUACCUCGACGACACGUGGUGCGAGUACAACGACCCCGACGAGUACGGCUACGUGCUCGUGCGCGCCGCGCCGGCCGUGGCCAUGCACCGCGUGCUGCCGAAGCGCGGGAAGGUCGGCAAGCAGGGGUUGUUAUUCGACAAGGAGCUGCUCGACGCUUUGGGCCCCGCGCACGGCAAGCCGCCGCACCGCUACAAGCUCAUCACGCCGCCGUGGCUCUGCGAGAUGAAGCCGCCGAAGAUGAAGUUCGAGAAGGAGAACAUGAUGCAGGGCACGGAGGUCAAGGGCAGCAACCAGAUGCUCAAGGAGCGCGUCGAGUGGAUCGCCUGGCGCAUGCAGCAGGUCAGCAAGGUCCUGCACGACCGCGCGGAGCGGAAGCGGCGCUGCGGCCAGGCGCGCUUCGUCUACAAGGCGCCCAAGGCCGUCGUCGUGAAGCACGCCACGGGCGCCCUCGCGCGCGCCGACGUGCCCCUGACGUCCGACGAGGUGGGCGUCGUGCCGUCGGGCGCGACGUGCGUCGCCGUCGAGGAGGCGCUGAACCCCUUCGACGGCAAGACGUCGCGCGUGCGCCUCGCGUCGCCGCUGGAGGGCUGGGUGAGCCUGAAGACGUUAGCAUUGGCCGCCGCGGGCAGCGAGGACGCCGCCGAGUUCGGCUCGACGCAGAAGGCGCGGCGCGCGGCGCGGACGCGGAAGCCCGGCGCGGACAUCAUGCCGGACAUGCUCCGCGAGAUGACGGGGUCCUCCGUGUCGAACCCGCGGCUCGUCGCCGACUUCGGCGCCGAGCUCGAGCCGAAGAAGAAGGUCGACGUCGCCGCGCUCGUCGCGCUCGGCGACCCCGACGACCCCGUGGACGACCCCGAGGACGACGACGACACGCUCAAGGCGAAGGCGCUCGUCCGCGCGAUCGUCGCGCUGCCCGCGGCCUGCGGCGAGGUCGCCUACAAGGGCGAGUACCUCGCGCCCGUCAUCACGGCGCCCGGCCCCUGGACCGUGCUGCUGGAGUUCGGCGGCGUCGACGCGUUCGACAAGCCCCUGGCGUUCAAGGCGACGGUGAAGAAGGGGAUGCUCGCGGCGCCCGUGACGAAGCUGCUGGAGACCUUCGCGAAGAAGCACGCGGCCAAGUACCCCGGGGACCGGUCCGCGACGCCGCCCUGGGAGGCGCUCGACGCCGCCAGUUUGCGCCUCUACGCCGCCGGCGCGUCCGACGAGGACCAGCGCGCGCGGCGCAAGGCCUUCAAGCUGAGGAAGGUGCCGAGCUCGACGGACCCGCACCUCGCGCCGGACACGCUGCUCUGCGAGGUGCUCGAGGACCUGGACCCCGGCGCGUCGCUCCACGGCGCGUUCGUCGUCCGCCGCCGCCUCGGCGCGGGCCGCGACUCCGAGGCCGUCGUGUCCGCGCGGUCCAAGGAGCUCGCCGUCCGCGCCGAGGAGCGCGGGCCCGAGAUCACGGAGUGGAGCAGCCAGAUCGACAUGAUCCGCGCGAACGCCAAAAAGGGCUGGGGCGAGCCGCAGACGUCCGAGGAGAUUCGGGAGUACUGGGAGCAGCAGAAGAACUACAAGCACUGGCGCACGACGGCGGCGCUCAAGGGCUUCACGACGCGCACGGACGACGAGGCCAAGCUCGAGAAGUGGUCCAAGACGCUCAUCCCCCAGGCGGGCUACCUCGAGAACCCGGAUCGGAAGCCCGCGUACAGCGACCGCGACCUCGCGCGCCGCAAGGAGCGCGACGAGACCCUCGGGUCCUCGGAGGCCAAGCUCCAGACCGAGGGGUCCGUGUCCAAGGCGAAGCGCGAGACCGUCCAGGGCGACGUCCGCGCCGCGCGGAAGAAGGCCGCGGCGGAGUGGCGCGCGAAGAUGGUCGCCGAGGGCAAGCUCACGGAGGCGAACAAGUUCGAGGGCCUCGUCCAGGCCAUCGACGCCGCCGUCCAGGAGAAGGUCAAGGAAAAAGAAGAAAAGCACCUCAAGAAGAAGAUGGACGAGCACGAGGCCUACUGGGGCCACCCCAUGUCCGACGCCGAGGCCGCGAAGCUCCGCGCGGAGGCGUCCCUGCUCCUCGCCACGGUCGUCUGGUCGGUCCUCCUCGUCGUCGCCGUGCAGCUCAUGUUCGCCUUCGACCACGCGUCCCUCGUCGACGCGGAUCGGCGCUACCUCGAGGCGCUCCACGGGCGCGCCGUGUCGGCGGCGAACGUCACGGCCCUCUACGCGUCGACCCUCGAAGCCACGGACGGCGGCGCGUGCCUCGCGCCCCGCGAGAAGUCGUGCCUCGACGGCUUCUGCUCCGCGGGCGACUGGCGCGACUACCGGCGGUCGCCGCUCUUCGGCUGCCGCGGCGGCCUCGGCGCGGGGCUGCCGUCCUACGAGCUCUUCGAGCGGGCGACGACGGCGGCGUCGGCCCUCGGCGGCGCCGCCCUCGGCGGCGUCGGGCUCCACGCGUGCCUCGGCCUCGCGGGCCGGGGACGCGCGCGCUUCGUCGCCGUCGCGGCCCCGGCGCUUGCGCUCCACGCGGCCGCGGGCUUCGCCGGCGCGGCGGCCCUGUUCCGGGCCGUCGAGGCCGCGGCCCUCGUGGCCUUCCCGCACCCGGCGAGCGCCGCCAUGGCCAAGGCCCACUACGACGCCGUCCUCCGCAACGGCUACCUCCUCGUCACGGCCGUCGUGACCCUCGGCGCCGCGGCCGUCGCGCUCGUCGCGCCGCCGCGGCGAGUGCCGCGGCUGGACCUGGCGUCCUGGCGCCUCGACGCGCCGGCGGGGGCUCGUAGGGACGAUUCAUGA